CAUAAACAUAUACCAAAAUUUCACCUUAACGCUCUUCAUAUCACAUACCACACACUCAUACAUAUAAGCUUUGACCUUCCUAUAGAAACGAUCUAGAAGAAAACAUAUAUCAAAACUUUUUGAUCAGUUCUCUUUAUAUGGCGGAGGAGUUUCAAGCUACAGCGGCGAUUUGUGGUGGCGGUGGCGGCGCGUGGUGGAACUCGCCAAGGAGCGUUAUGUCUCCUUCGGAUCAUUUCUUGUCACCUUGUUUCGGAGCUGCUAUCACUUCCGAUGAUUUUGGCUCCCAAGAGAAUAUCAAAUCUAGGAUGACUUGUACCGACAACAAUAUCGUUUUUGGGCAGCGAGAGGCGGAUUCCGAUAGUGGAGGAAGCACCGUGACGAUUGACUCGACGUUGCAGAUGAUGGGUCUAGGGUUUUCCUCAAACUCUUCUACAGAUUGGAACCAAACCAUUUUACAAGAAGACUUAAACUCAAACUUCAUAAGGAGCUCACAAGAUCAAGAUCAUGGCCAAGGAUUCUUAUCCACAACUACUUCACCUUAUAUACUUAAUCCAGCUUGUUCUUCAUCUCCAUCAACUUCUUCGUCCUCAAGCUUGUUACGAACCUUUUACGAACCCGAACCAAGUCCAUACAACUUUAUUUCCACCUCAAGUGGUUUAAUCAACGAUCCUCAACUCUCUUGGGCUAAUAAGACAAAUCCUCAUCAUCAAACUGCUUAUGGACUAAUUAACAACUUCUCUAACAACCCAAACUCUCGACCCUUUUGGAGUUCUUCAUCAACAACUAACGUAAACAACACGACGCCGACCAAUUUUGUAACUACUCCGCAGAUAAUCUCUACUCGUAUCGAUGACAAAACCAAGAAUCUGAAGACAAGAGCUCAGAGUGAGUCUUUGAAGAAAGCAAAGGAUAAUGAAUCUGCGGCGAAGAAACCAAGAGUCACCACGCCUUCACCGUUGCCAACUUUUAAGGUGAGAAAAGAGAAUCUAAGGGACCAGAUUACUUCAUUACAACAACUAGUGUCACCUUUCGGAAAGACAGAUACUGCAUCUGUUCUCCAAGAAGCUAUAGAGUACAUCAAGUUUCUUCACGACCAAGUCACUGUUCUAAGCACUCCAUACAUGAAACAAGGUGCCUCGACCCAACAACAACAACAACAACAGAUAUCUGGUAAAUCGAAGAAUCAAGAUAAUAAUGAGAAUCACGAGCUAAGAGCACACGGUCUAUGUCUCGUCCCGAUAUCAAGUACGUUUCCGGUGGCUAACGAAACAACAGCAGAUUUUUGGACACCAACGUUUGGGGGCAACAAUUUCAGGUGAUUAAAGAGAUAGCGUUGUGGUUGUCAAGACGGAUGGGAACAUAUGCUAAAUUCAGCUUGGAGACUCUAAAGCAUGGCAAUAAUUUUAAUGUAUUUUCGUCUUCUUUUUAAAAAUAUUUUAUGGGGGUUUCAUUGCUGAAUUUAGCAGAUAUGGGUUGUUUUUUAUGUUGAAGAACCUUUUGUUCCUGUCAUUGUUCUUGAAUUUAUAUAUACCUACUUUUGCCGUUGGUGCCGUCAUUAA